UCUUAUCCGAUGUUGCUAGUUGAAAAAACUGUAAGAUCAAACCUCGUCUCAUUUUUUUCUAUCGACAUUAACUCUAAUUUCAUAUUUUGAUCGUUAUAUCCUUUUACCAUUAACCUAAACACCUUGUCAUAUAUAAUUAACUGUUAUUAAUUAGAAAAUUAAAUUUAAACUAUGUCACGUUGUGUUGUCAGUUAAACUAACCAAUCCUGUUUCUUUUCAUAAGCACAUUGUACAAUCUUCCUCUUUUGUCUGUCUGUUUCUCUUUGGUGACUUUAACUGAAAGAAGAGCGGGCUUUAAGGUUGCGAUUGUUGGGUAAACUGUCAAUUUUUUUAUACUGUAAAUCAGUAAAAUAACUCAGCUUAUCUUUCUGCUUAAGUCUGAGUUUCGACCAAAUUAUUAAUGAUGGAGAUGGAUACUUCAACUAGUCCUUGGGCCGGUGCUCAAUCACUUAAUCGGAGCUUAACUGGAUCGCCAUCUCAACCUACCUAUGGCACUCGAUCUCCUCCAAACCAAGUAAUCGUGCCUCAAGAGUUGCCUUCUCAAUUAAUUGACAAAUAUCUAGCUACUGAUGCUAAUUUUCUCCAAAUCCAUGAUGCUAUCAAAGCUUCAACGGGCUAUCCUACUAUUAGCGGUCUUCAAGAUACCGAUUAUCCAAAUAUUAGUGAUCUAUCUUCAGCUCUCGGAAGUUUAACUCAACUAGACAAAAUAACAACCAUACCAUUGCCAUCGGGCAUUGUUGAACAAUUUAACCAUGUACAACAAAAUUGUGAAAUGGGAAUCUUUACUGAAAUUAAACGAGCUUGGCUUACAGUUGACAGUACGAUUUACCUUUGGUCUUACGAUAAUGGCAGUGACAUGGCAUACUAUGAUGGCUUAACUGAAGUAAUCAUUGGAGUUGCUCUUCUCAAACCUAAACCUGGAAUUUUCAAAGAUAACAUAAAAUAUGUUCUCUGCUUAACAACUCUUGUUGAAAUCGUUCUGCUUGGUAUACAAUAUCGUGAAAGCGGUACCGAGAUGAUUGAUGAUCUCCAUGUAGAUUUUGAACCUUUAUUCACUAUAGCCACUGACAAUACAGCUAUGCCCGUAAUUCAAGGAACAGAUGAUGGAAGAAUAUUUUUGGGUGGAAAGGAUGGUUCUCUGUAUGAGGCUAUGUACCAAGCUCACGAAACCUGGUUUAGAAAGAAAAGCUGGAAAAUCAACCAUUCAAGCUCAACUCUUUCUUUCCUAGUACCUUCCUUACUUUCAUUCUAUGACAAGAAUCCCAUCGUUCAAAUUGAAAUCGACAAUAGUCGUCACAUCCUAUUCACCCGAUCAGAGAAAGGUACUAUCGAAGUUUAUGAUUUAGGUACAGACGGAAAGGAUAUGGCCAAAGUUGCUACAAAAAGUGCCCACGCAAUUAGCUCACAAGCCGCUUCCUUAGCUCGUAAUAUUGAGGCAGAAAAUUUUCGCACUAUUAGCCAUAUCUGUGCAGUUUCUGAAAGUGAAUCUACUUUCAUUAAUUUGAUUGGUUUCACUGAAACGGGAAUUCGUAUUUAUUUUUCUACUAACAACACUCAAAAGUAUGAGCAAAGACCUGAUUCACUCAACAUUGUUCACAUAAGAUUACCUCCAGGAUACUCAGCAGCAUCACCUCCUCAACGUCCUUCUAACAUUUAUCUGGCCUCAUAUGCUCGAAGUACUACUAUCAUGGUUUCUGUAACCAGCGAUGGUAGAGCUAUUCUUUGGACUUUGUCGUCAGACGCCUUUGCAUUUGAUAACCAGUUGAUGGAAUUGUUCAGUGUUCAUCCGAUUAGUAGUCGUGUUUGGCGUAUGAGAGAAGAGAGUAAACCACUUUUAAUUAAAAAGUAUAUACCAAUUAAUGUUGGCAUCAACAAAGUCGUCAAUCUUGAACCCCCGGUGAUGAUCACUCAAGAUUUUGAAGAUCAAAGAAAAUUUAUUUUCCUAUCCUCUCAAGGUGUUCAUAUCGCUUACAAACCAAGACCAGUUGACCAUUUGAAACAAUUACUCGUUGAUAACCAAGGUUUUGAAAAUGAAGCUGUAAAGAGUUUUUUCCGCCUAUAUGGAGAAGCUCAAAGCUGCUGCAUGGCUUUGUCCAUUGCAUGCCAAACUACUUCACCGGUGGAAAAACAUGUAGCUGAGUGGGCAACUUUAGCAUUCUUCCGUUAUGGUGGUGAUCCUCAAGUUUUAACAGCCCCUAAUCAAACUCCACAAUCACAGCAGCAGCCUGUGAUACAAAGCACUGGUACUCCAUCACAUUCCAUAAGUCAACAAUUUACACCUCAUAUUGCAAAUUUAGGCGGGCAAGUUUCAACUCCGAUUUCAUCUACGCCUCGUUUUUCAUCACCAUUGAGAACGGUUCCAGCAUCUCCCAUUGCUCGCUCAACCAGUGUAAUUAAAACUGCUCCGCAUCAUGACCCGGCACAAUUUACUCCUUCAAGCUCUGUUAUUCGAAAUCGGCAAUCAUAUAUCGCCAACCAAUCUGGCUUGUAUGGACAGCAAGCUCAUCCCUUUAAUGAAACCUUGAUUUCAGGAAAGCCCACCUCCCCUCCAGCUCAACAAGUUCAAUAUGGAAUGUCAAACAAACUUAUUGGACUUUACUUGUAUGUUGCUCGGGUUAUUAGACCAAUCUGGAAUUUAAAUUGUGUUAAAUCUGAGCCAAUCAAACCACCACCAAAAGAAGGAUUGAAAGAAAAUAUUUCAUGCGCCAUAUCAGAUGCCGAGAUGAGAGUGUAUCUAGAAAAGUUGAACAAUUUAAAACAAUUUUUGAUAAAAAAUAUCCAAUUUUCGCCAAUUCCUGAUAACGAGAUGCCACACUAUUCAGAAUCCACCACAAUUACCUUUUCUAGCCCGAAUCAAAUCAAUCCCAUUAUUGAGAGAGCUUCAUUUAAUAAUGUUCUUACUUUAAUCAAGAGGUGCCUUGAAACAAUUGGACUUUUACGUAUAACUUAUGAACAUAAAUUUCCAGAAAUUGUUAAAAAUCUUUCACCAGACAUUAUUGCUAAGCUUAAAGGUACAACUUUCCGAAGCUUAAUCAACGAAGGAGAAGAUAUCUGUGUCCAUUUAGCUUCUUCACUGGUGCAAAAGUAUAUUGAAGAUUCAGUGAGUACAGAUUCAAUCAGCCGUAGAUUAAAUGAAGCGUGCCCGUCCAUCUUCAAGCACGAAAAUGCUCUCCAAGCCAAAGCUCACGAAACACUGAUCAAAGCUCGUCGAACUAAGGAUGAUACUGAACGAUUUAAGCUUAUUAAUGAAGCUCUGACCACUUUCAAGUCCAUUGGAGCUCGAGCAAACUUGAAACAAGCCUGUGAUCUUCUGAAAACAGUACAUGCUUACGUUGACAUCGUCAAUCUUUGUUUGAACACAGCGUUACUCCGGGAUAAAGAAAAUAUUGGAAUGUACUUCCAUAAAAACAGUGGGAACGUUAUCCAGCAGUUUCAAAGUGCUACUAGCAACAGAACCUUCUAUCCUUACGACACCAAAUACUUUGGUGAUGAAAAACAAGCUUCCAUUAUUAGUUCCCGACUUGAAUGCUAUCGAAUUAUAUUAGACACAUAUGAGCAUCUAUUGCAAUUAGUUGAACAUCCAAUGUGUAAUGUAGCUCAACCUACCUCAUCCCAAAAAGAUAACGAAGAUUAUAUUCCACCUUUAACUAAAGAAGAGGCUCUCAAUUACAGUAAGGCUGUACUCAAAGCUGCUAUCGCUUCAGACGAUGAACUUGCCCAUGUGACCAUCUACGACUGGUUAUAUGAUCAUCAACAGGUUGACAAAUUACUGGAAAUUCAAUCAUCUUACUUGGAAAAUUACCUUAAAACUAAAGCGGCUCACUUUGGUGAAUCAACUCAAUUAAUGGAUCUUUUAUGGAUGUAUUAUGAACGGAAUGGUAACUUCAGAGCAGCUGCUCAUAUUCUUGAUGAUUUGGCUGAGCGUUAUGGUUCUGAAUCCGACUUGUUAAAACGUUUGGAAUACCUUUCUAGAGCUAUUAUUUGUCUGAAAAGUUGUCAAAGCCAUCCUGGACUUGCUGUUACCAAUGAGAAACAUUUCAAGCCAAGUGGCGAACUAUUGCACGAUUUGGAGGAGAAAAUGGAAGUUGCUCGAUUACAAUUACAAGUUAUGGAAAAUUUGUCCCAAAGAGCCGAUGCAUCAACGCCAAACAUCAAAGAAGCUAUCAAAAAACUUAAUGAAGAGCUUCUAGACAUCACCUUGCUAUACAAUGAAUACGCUGAGAAGUUUGACCUUCCAGAAUGUCAAUUAGCCAUUGUUUAUGCUGCCUCAUUUAACGAUCCUGAUUUGAUAAGAUCUCUUUGGAAGCGAAUAUUUGACAAAGAAUUGGCUGAUUCAUCGAACAAGCCUAUUUCUGUGAGAAAAACUCUUCUCGUCAACAAACUUCAACAUUUAUGCAAAUUAUAUUUGCCUUGUGAAAGAUAUUUCCCAUUAGACUUUAUUAUCCAAUACUUGGAAAAUAUAACUCAACCCAUGGAAUUUGAAAGAAGUUGGCUUGCCGCAUCACUUUUAUCUUGUGGGAUUGGUUUCUCACAAUUAGUAGAUAUUUAUCAUAAACUGUAUCAAUCAAGAGAUCCAACCAUCUCAUGGUAUAAAAAAUCAAUUCAACUCCUCGAAGUGUCACACUGGCUGUUCUCUAAAUUUUGUGAAAGUCCACUUUUAGUUACUUUAACUGAAAGACGACAAUUCACAGCUAAAUGUUUGGAUCUAAUUGCUGAAUAUGUAAUAGACCUUCAAUCUAAUAAUCUUUCGGAUCCACAAGUAUCACACCUGAUUAGCCAAUUUAGAGAUAUUCAAGCUAAAUUAGAAGGAAUGACUUUUUAAUUAUAUUUUUUAAAUCUCUUGUUAAUUGUAAUAAGAAAUGAAAAGUUUCUCAAUGUAAUCCCGCCUGUUUUUUGUUUUGGAAAAUUCAAGGUCAACUUGUUUCACUCUCAAUGGCGCCAAAUCAUUCAAUGGAAAGAAUACACGAAACCGGUAGAAAUUAACGAAAUGAACAGAAACAGAGUAUCAAUUUUUUCCGAAUGGCUUUUAUUCAAACUUCUUCAUUUUGUAUUACUUUUUUUUAAUCUUCUUUUUAUUCGAAGGAGUUUGUUUUUUAA